ACAGACUCAACGUUAUGUAACACAAUCCCUUAUUUAUCUAUUCGCUGGAUCAAAUGCAACGUCGUGGAUGAACAGACAAGAAGGAAAUAAAGGAGAAGAAGAAGGGGGAGUGAGACUGAAAGAGGAAGGACCGCUCAGGUGCCCCGAGACCAGACCUGACGAGUGGAUAUACAGAGCCUGCCAGACCUGAGACACACACACACUGAGACACACACACACGCAUGCACGCACACACUGACACUGUGAUGGAGAGAGACGACAGCUCCCUGCCCCUCUACCCGAUCGAACAAUGGCAGAACACCAGCCAGUCCUCCCCUGCCUCUCUAGCACCCCCUAGCCCCCCCACCACCCCCUCCUCCUCCCCCUCGUCCUGCCACAUCGACGAAUCCUACAAAUACAUCUUCCUGCCCUUGUGCUACUCUGUCACCUUCCUCCUCAGCCUGGUCCUGAACUCCAUCAUCCUGCAUCGCUCCUUCUGCGGGGGUGGGCACCGCGGAGGAGGCAGAGCCAAGCGCUGGACCCCCUCCCUCACCUACAUGGUCAACCUGGCCACCACUGACCUCAUGUACGGCCUCUCGCUGCCCUUCCUGAUUGCCAGCUACGCCAUGCGGGACCGCUGGGUGUUCGGGGACCCCGUGUGCCGGCUGGUGCGUUUCCUCUUCUACUUCAACCUCUACUGCAGCCUGGCCUUCCUGGCCUGCAUCUCCCUGCACCGCUACCUGGGCGUGUGCCACCCCUUGCGCUCCCUGGCCAGCGGGGGGCCCCGCCGGGCCGUCAAGGGGGUCUGCCUGCUGGUCUGGGCCGUGGUGUUCGCUCUCACCAGUCCCAUUUUCCGCUUCGCCCGCACUGGGAGCAACCGGGACGGGAACACGGUGUGCUGGGACGACGCGCCGGACUGGGAGCUGCAGGACUACGUUCCUUACGGGAUCACCCUCCACGUGCUGCUCUUCUGCCUGCCCUUCGGGGUCAUCGGGUGGUGUUACUCCAGGGUGGCCCGGACCAUCUUCCGAAGCCUGGGGGAGGAGGGAGGAGGAGGAGGAGGAGGAGACGGGGUGCUCCCCUCCUCCUCCUCCUCUCCCCAGCCCCCUCCCUCGCACUCCUUCCUCAGUCUCCGGCGGCGGCGCCAGUCCCUGCGCACGGUGGUGACCAUCACGCUGCUGCUGGCGCUCUGCUUCCUGCCCUUCCACGUCACGCGCACCGUCUUCCUGCUGCUCAAGGGCUCGGCCUGGGGGGCCGACUGCCGCACCGUCGCGCUCGUCUCCAUCUGCUACAAGCUGACCCGGCCGCUCGCCUCCUUCAAUGCCUGGCUCAACGCCCUGCUCUACUUCCUCACCAAGGGGAGGGGCGGGGCUGCCAGGGGAGGGGCCCGGAGAGAGGGCGGGGCCCAGAGGCUGGAGGUGCUGCAGCAGAAGCAAGACCCGGAGAGGAAGAGCGCACCCCCCGCGGACAGCGGCUUCAAAACCUUGCACUGAGACACGGGGACACUGAGACAUUGAGACACAGGGACAUUGAGACACAGGGACACGGAGACAUUGAGACACAGGGACACAGAGCCACAGAGACAUUGAGACACAGGGACACAGAGACAUUGAGAUCUGGAGACACAGGGACAUGGAGACAUUGAGACCGGGAGACAUUGAGAUCCGGAGACACAGAGACAUUGAGACACAGGGACAUUGAGACACAGGGACACGGAGACAUUGAGACACAGGGACACAAAGCCACAAAGACAUUGAGACACAGGGACACAGAGACAUUGAGAUCCGGAGACACAGAGACAUUGAGACACAGGGACAUGGAGACAUUGAGAUCCGGAGACACAGAGACAUGGAGACACUGAGUCAGGGACAAUGAGACACAGAGACACCCGAAUAGACAAACUGUAUCCUAAAGUAUUAUCCAUGAGAAAAUGUACACUAUAGGAUUAUGUGGGAGACUAUGUCCUGUUGGAUUAUCUGUGAGACGCUGUCCUGUCGGAUUAUCUAUGAGACUCUGUCCUGUCGAAUUAUCUAUGAGACUCUGUCCUGUCGAAUUAUCUAUGAGACUCUGUCCUGUCGAAUUAUCUAUGAGACUCUGUCCUGUCGAAUUAUCUAUGAGACUCUGUCCUGUCGAAUUAUCUAUGAGACUCUGUCCUGUCGAAUUAUCUAUGAGACUCUGUCCUGUCGAAUUAUCUAUGAGACUCUGUCCUGUCGAAUUAUCUGUGUCCUGUAGGAUUAUUUGCAAGUCUGUCCUGUGUAGAAUUAUUAAUCUGUGUUGUUACAAUGAGACAGUGAUAGCGAGACUGGAUUAGCGGUGAGACUGUUUCCUAUUGAGGUUCUAUAGGAAGCCCUCUGAGACGACCGCAUCUCCUGGGUUAUCUGUGAGACUGUGUGUGAUCCCUACAGGAUCCCAUGUGAUCUAUUGGGAUCUCUGAGAGACUCUCUGAGGAACUGGCAUUUGAAUGCUGGCUGCUUGUUGAUUUCCUUAACAGUCUGUAUUGAGAAAUCACACGGGGA